AUGUCGCGAAUAGCUUCACGAUGCCUCAUUCAUCUCCGCCAAUCGCCACCUCACCAAGCCCAACGACAUGCCUUCUCAACAACUCCCUCCAGACAUCUCAUGAGCCUAACAGGAUUCUCAGAAAACCAACUAACGGUCCGCGACGCCAUCAGCAAAAUAUGCUCUGAAUUCCCCAAUACAUACUGGCAGUCCCAUGACCAAGAUGAGCAAGACCCAAAGGAGUUCCACGCUGCUCUCGCAAAAGCCGGCUGGCUUGGUAUUGCACUUCCGGAAUCACUAGGGGGUUCAGGAUUGGGUAUCUCAGAGGCCACGAUGAUGAUGCAGACGAUCGCGGAAUCAGGCGCUGGUAUGGCGGGUGCGCAGAGCAUUCAUGCUAAUGUCUACGCGACGCAACCUCUUGCCAAGUUUGGUUCGAGGGAGCAAUUGGAGGAGACUAUUCCGAAGAUUGUGUCGGGGGAGUAUAGAGUGUGCUUUGGAGUCACGGAGCCAAACGCUGGGCUUGAUACGCUUCGUCUGGAAACGGUAGCGAAAGAGAACUCUGAUGGUUCAUUCAGCAUCACGGGUCAGAAGAUUUGGAUAACUUGUGCGCAAGUAGCCUCGAAGAUGAUACUCCUCGCGAGAACUACACCACUAGACAAAGUCACAAAGUCAAGCGAAGGUCUCUCCCUCUUCUGUAUUGAUCUCAACCGUGACCAACCAGGUCUCGAGAUGCGACGGAUCAAGAAAAUGGGCGGCAGAGCCGUCGACGCCAAUGAAGUAUUCUUCGACAACUACACCAUUCCCCCCUCAUCCCUCGUCGGACCCAAAAACAAAGGUUUCAAAAUGAUCCUCCACGGCAUGAACGCUGAGCGCUGCCUCCUCGCCGGCGAAGCCCUCGGUCUCGGCUACGCAGCCCUCACCAAAGCAGCAUCCUACGCACGAACACGCGUUGUAUUCAAACGGCCAAUCGGGAUGAACCAGGCAAUAGCUCACCCACUGGCCGACGCGUACAUGAAGCUUGAAGCUGCAAAACUGGCGACGUACCACGCUGCGAGGCUGUAUGACGAGGGGGAGGAAGAGGUUGGGGUCGCGGCGAAUAGUGCAAAGUACAUGGCUGCUGAAGCGGCGUUUGGGGCGUGGAGUGUCUUGUUCCGAGGAUUGCGCCGGUUAGUAGGGAGAUGA